UCUUUGAGCUCCUCAGCCCACACUGUCUGAACUCACCUGGGCUCCUGGCAGACUGUUUGCUUGUUUUCCCAACUGCUCUCCCUGAUCCUGUUGCGUUCCCUCUCUCGCAGAGCCCAAAAAGGUUGUGAACUUUGGAAUGGGGUCUGUGAGCAGGCUGUGGACUCAGUGCGUGCGUGGGACUGUUGCUGAAUAACAGGAGGACUGGUUAAUCGCUACGGGCAGCCUUUCUGUCUGGCUGCAGGGCGCCAGCCUUGCCUGAGCCCUGCACCAUGUUCCUCCUGCUCCCCUUUGACAGCCUGGUUGUUAAUCUCUUGGGAAUUUCCAUAACUGUCCUCUUCACUCUGCUUCUGGUUUUCAUCAUUGUGCCAGCAAUUUUUGGAGUCUCUUUUGGCAUCCGCAAGGUUUACAUGAAAACAUUAUUAAAGAUUUUUCAGUGGGCAACACUGAGAAUAGAGCGUGGGGCCAAGGAGAAGAACCAUCCAUUAUACAAGCCCUAUGUCAAUGGUAUCAUUGCAAAGGAGCCAACAUCACUGGAAGAGGAGAUCAAGGAGAUCCGCCGGAGUGGCAGUGGCAAAGCCCUGGACACCCCUGAGUUUGAGCUCUCAGAUAUCUUCUAUUUCUGCCGCAAAGGCAUUGAGACCAUCAUGGACGAUGAAGUGACCAAGAGGUUCUCAGCUGAAGAGCUGGAGUCCUGGAACCUGCUCAGCAGGACCAACUACAACUUCCAGUACAUCAGCCUGCGCCUCACUGUACUCUGGGGACUGGGUGUGCUCAUCCGCUACUGCUUCCUCCUGCCCCUCCGGAUAGCCCUGGCGUUUACUGGCAUCAGCUUGUUGGUGACUGGUACUACAGUGGUGGGGUAUUUGCCAAAUGGAAGGUGUAAGGAGUUCCUGAGCAAGCAUGUCCACCUGAUGUGUUACCGGAUCUGUGUGCGUGCUCUCACAGCCAUCAUCACCUACCACGACCGAGAAAACAGACCCCGAAAUGGAGGCAUCUGCGUGGCAAAUCACACGUCUCCUAUUGAUGUGAUCAUCUUGGCCAGUGAUGGCUACUACGCGAUGGUGGGUCAGAUCCACGGAGGACUCAUGGGUGUGAUACAGAGAGCCAUGGUGAAAGCUUGCCCCCACGUGUGGUUUGAACGCUCUGAGGUCAAAGAUCGUCACCUCGUUGCCAAAAGGCUCACAGAGCAUGUCCAGGACAAGAGCAAACUGCCCAUCCUUAUCUUUCCAGAAGGAACCUGCAUCAACAACACAUCUGUGAUGAUGUUCAAAAAGGGGAGCUUUGAAAUUGGAGCCACAGUUUAUCCUGUAGCCAUCAAGUAUGACCCACAGUUUGGAGAUGCCUUUUGGAACAGCAGCAAGUACGGCAUGGUAACCUACCUCCUUAGGAUGAUGACCAGCUGGGCCAUUGUCUGCAGUGUCUGGUACUUGCCCCCAAUGACCAGGCAGGUAAGUAAGGACGCUGUCCAGUUUGCCAAUCGAGUGAAGUCAGCCAUUGCCAGGCAGGGGGGCCUUGUGGAUCUGCUCUGGGAUGGAGGACUGAAGAGGGAGAAGGUGAAAGAUACAUUCAAGGAGGAGCAACAGAAACUCUACAGCAAAAUGAUUGUAGGCAACCAUGAAGACCGGAGCCGCUCUUGAGCCCUUGCCUCCGGCACUGUUACUGGGCCCAGCCGGAGCCCUCUGCCUCCAGCACGAGCCAGGGCUUGUCUGAAGCAGCUCCGAAUCUUUGGACUUUGGCUACUCCAGAGCUUCUUGGACUUGCUCCUUCAUGCUCUGGCUGUUCUUUCCCGGAGGCACUAUGACUGCCUAGAGUCUUCAGGCCCCAGGCCGCUCUGGGCAAAGAUGCCUUCGUGUUACUGUUACAGUGAAGCCCCUUGCAGGGGCAAUAUUAAAUGAAACACUUACGGUG